CUGUAAACAAAAUUAGACAAAAAAACGUCGAUCAGAGCACAAAGUACAUAAAGAAAUUACCUCGCCAUAGAAAUUCCAUUUCGACACCCCGUCGCAACGAUAAGGGCUGGGAAACAUUUACGGUCUGAAGCAAGCCUGAGAAAAGUCAGUCUUAGCAGGAGGAACAAAACCCGAGCAGAUUUUCAAGAGAUCUAUACCAGGGGAAACAUUUACAGUGAAACAUGAAGACCCUAAUUAUUUUGGCGGUAUUUGGAACUCUUUUCAGGCUUGGGACAAGCCAUAUGUAUGAUGCACCAGAAGGUAAAGUUACUUGCAACAACAAUCAUACGAUCGAUAUCAAAAUCACAAACGUAAAUGAUCUUGACGAGUGGAAGGAACAUGAGUGGCAAUUACAGAACAACAGCACAUGCAAGCCAGUGUUUGCUAACAAGACAGUAACCUACAGUGCCCUGAAACUGCCUGACUGUGCAUGGAAUUCAGAACAGCCUGCUAACAGCAGUAUCAAAUAUGUCUUGAGAAUCAACCCAACAAAGACAAAGGGAAAUUCCAGCAACGAACACCUGCGUGGCUAUGACCACCUGUACUAUGUGUCGUGUUCAUAUUACAAUCAAAACACGUCCUCAGCCAGUUUUGUACCGAUUAAGAACCGGGAAGACAACGAUUCAAGCACUGCCUUUUUCAGCUUUAAUCUUCGUGCGUUCCUCUAUGCCAAUUACACUGGAGAAGUUCCCAACAAAGUUCCACUGAAAAAAAUGUUGUACUUCCGGGCUUCAGUUGUGACCUCAAGCGCUGCACCCAAUCUUGACCUUUUUCCUGUUCACUGCUAUUCGUCAAAGAGCUACCGCCCGGAUUCUGAGAAAGGGAGAGUUACUCUGAUAGAGGAAGGUUGUGGCAACAAACACACCAGUGAUGACCUCGGAGACACUUUGUCCUACUCUUGCAAAAGUGACAGCCCCAAAGAAAUGUUUUCCAUUCAGUCCUUUAGGUACUAUGGAGCCGAGGGAGGUGACCCGGUUUACUUCCACUGCGUUCUGAGGGUCUGUCUGGCAGACAAGACCCCUUCACUGUGCGAGUGCCCAUCCAAUAGCGCGUGUCCUAGUUCCAGGAAAAAAAGGUCAACAAUGGACGAAACGAAAGUGUAUCACGUGUCUACGGGGCCUUUUAUUUUUGAAAACGAUGAGGAAGAGAAAGAAACUGGAUCAGGCGAAGAGAAUGAGACCCAGUCCCUCUCAACCAGUACGAUAACAACAGUAGCGAUCAGCGGUGUUCUCGCCGUGGCAAUUAUCUGCCUCACGGUUUACCUGAUACUGCGCAGCCGCAACAAGCGCAGACAACGUGAUGACAUCUACAUUGCUUCACAAGCACCCGAACUGUAGCGUCUGGCCAUCUGCGGAAAACAGCAUAUGUAUCUUAGAACCUAAAAUCAUAUUCAUUCAUUUUAGUAUAGGUUGUCAUUUACAAAUAUACGGCAUCACUUUUUUAUCAACUGGGAUAAGCUUGGUGAACACAGAGAUAACCAAAUAAGCGUUAAGUAGCGAGAACAAUCUUUCAUACUUUUGAUGGGGGAGGGGAGGGGAAGCGGUGAUAGGAAUUGGGGGGAGAGGGAAGGUCUUGCCACAAGGUCAUGCACCGUGAUAGUUUCCCAUUUUACCAGAGCAGAACAAAAACUUAAUUUUACAUUUCUAUGAUAAUCUACAUCAUAGCUUCAUGGAAAUUAACUAGACCCCCCCCCCUCGCUUCAAGAGUAUUUUGCUUGUUGCUCCGGAGUAUAGACAAGUUGUUUCUUUUCACACAAAUCAAACCCAACUCCCAUGAAGUUAGUUUUGUAAAUCUGAAAUUGAGUGAAGAUAUUAGAAAUAGUAAAUCAACUGAUCAGAAAAAGGAAAAAUAUAUUGACCUGAUUCAGGCGAGGAAAUUUUUAAUUUCUGCCAGCUAGAGGAGUGUUUGUGGCGAAAUAUGAGAAUUAGGAGAUUUACGAGUGAUUCAGUGUAAUUUUGUACUUUUUUCUACUUUUUCAUGCUAAAAAAAAUACUGAACAGAAACGUUUAAGACACCUACAUGUUAUUACAUGAUUUUAUGCUGUUUUUUCAUGCCAUCAUGCCAUCUGUUUAUGAUUGAAGUAAAAAGUCAAUUUUGAAAAGUAGCACAUUUGCGUCUGUUACUGCUCGUUGGGAAAACGCUUGGUACAAGUGUACUGCACAAGAAAAAUGGGACUUGCUACUAUUUAAGUUUGAGUGGUGACUGGUUUGUAGUUAUUUUUCUUUUAAUUUUCACCAAAUCCGUCAAGUAAAUUUUCUAGAAUACU